AUGGACGCCCAUGCGCAUCUCCUUUCGCUUGGCUGGGCAGGACCCGGCCACUCCCUCGACUCGAGACCAUACAAACAAAAAGGGCAUCGAGGCCUCGCUUAUGAUCCCGCAAGAGUCGGCAACAAUGGUGUCGGUCUUGUCAAGCCUCUCCUGAUAUCACAAAGAAAAGGGCGAUUCGGCGUUGGCAAGAAGGCGCAUGAACCACAGGCCGGAAAUCAGUGGUGGCUGAAAGGAUUCGAGAAUGCGUUGGGGAAUAUUGGCAAGAGCGAAAGUGAGAGAAGCAGUGGCACAACGACCCCAGUUGCAUAUGGCCAUGGUAUCGGAAAACACGGUGGGCUUUAUAGCUUCUUCGUCAAGGGACAAGAGAUGGAAGGCACAAUUGGUAAAGUCGGCGAGUUCACGCGAGCUUCGAAGAAGAGGAAGAGUGAUGCGCUUAAUGAUGGGGAACAGGAUGAUACGGCAGAAUCCACGUCGUUGAAGAAGAAGCGAGAGCCUGCGACAGAAUUUGAAGAGGCUGGCGUAUAUUUUGCGUUGCGUGACAAAGACGAGAAGCGUGGCCAGCGUGUGCAAAGGCAGGACCCCGUUGUUGAGUUCGAGCAAGUCGGCGAAUACCUUCAGGCAAGGCUUCAGAAGAGACAAAAGAAGCGGAAAUCAAAAGUUGGGCCUGGGGCUACAGAUCUCGACACACCAGUCGAAGUUGACAACGAGGAGCCGUCAACUCCGAACAAAGUAGAGUCGAAGGAAGAGAGACAGGAACGGCGGCGACGACGAAAGGAGAAAAGGGACCAGAAGCGAAAGGCGUUGUUUGAUCUGGAGAACCAACGACAAAACGUCUCACCAGCCAAUUCUAUUGCUAAAGAUUCGGACGGCACAGCUGAUCGGAGGACACAGCGCAGGCGGGCGAAAGCACAAGCUUUACCAAGUCAUCAGAUAGCUGAGGGCGAUUUGUGA